AUGGAUCAAACAGUGAUCGUCCCGUCGACUGCUCGCGGAAGCAGCGUGGACAAUGCGCGAAUCACGAUGAAGAACGAAACUGACUCGAAUCUGCAUAUUCAAGACCAGUCUACCAUAGGCCAUUCCAAUCCCACGUCAGUGAUACCUCGAUCCAAUUUGUCGAUGACGAACAAUCUGAAUCAGGAUCAGAGUUUAGACCCGUUGAUACAUAAUCCGUCUAGUGCAGAGUUACCAAGAAAGCCUGGAGCGCGGCGCCAAGAGAAACCACCGUAUUCUUAUAUAGCGCUGAUAGUGAUGGCGAUUCAGUCGAGCCCGGGCAAGAGAUUAACUCUCUCAGAGAUCUAUUCGUUUCUUCAGCAACGUUUCCCUUUCUUCCGUGGCGCUUAUCAAGGCUGGAAGAACUCAGUGCGUCACAAUCUGAGUCUGAACGAGUGUUUCAUCAAACUUCCAAAGGGUUUAGGAAGACCAGGCAAGGGCCACUACUGGACAAUUGAUCCUUCGACGGAGUACAUGUUUGAAGAGGGAAGUUUUCGCCGGCGACCACGAGGUUUCCGUCGCAAGUGCCAAGCCUUGAAGCCUCAGUAUCCUCAAUACUUUUCCGGUAGUGGCCCAGUGACUGUACAAACUACCGGAUAUGAAAAUUUAACGCCUGGCGGCAUGGAAUACGCGAAUGGUUAUCAGAAUCAGUAUCAAAAUUAUCAAGAAUACGCGAUGUACGCUGCACCUGGUGCAACGGUCUCCGCUGACUGGGCUUACCCUGAGACUACGUACAAAACACCGUCCAUAGCAGAAGUAACUUACAAGACGACAGAGGUCACGUACAAAACUGGAGAACCGUCUGUGUAUAGAAAUGGAGAGAUAGUAGCGUUUAAGAGCGAGCCUGGAUACGCGGCCAGGAGUCAGGAACAAUUAGCUUACAGAGCUACAGAUGCAUUCUCCGUGAAGGAUCAUCAACAGCAUCAUUCAGAGACAAUUUACAAGGAGAACGAAGCUAUGAUGUCUUAUAAGUGUGCGUCUAAUCCCGCGCCGACUACUCAAGCACCUGGACAAGAUUAUUACGUCGGUUAUGGACUUGCAGGGGUCAAUAAUACUGGAAGCAAUGUGAACGUCGCUAUGCAGGGUAUCUCAGAACAGACUGGCAACACCAGUCCCGUAGGAAAUGUCAGUUCUCCACAAAGCGGAUGCCACACACCUGUAACGGAUAAUGGUCAUUCCGGAGGUGGGUUGAUCGAUCGGAAACCACCCUACUUUAGUCAUCCAGCCGGGUCGUUUACCUUGAGCUCGUUAAGCUCUCUAAACUCGCUCAACAUACCUGGCACAGUUUCGUCCAACAUUCAUCAUACGACCACGACGCCGCCAACUUACUACGAUCAGAUUAAAUACAGCAUGUGA